CGGACAGCUGCUAGCCGUCCGAGAGCGGAAUUGCGUACACUCAUGAGGUACAAGCUGGGGCGUUGGAUCACUUCCGUGGAGCUCCCGUUUCAAUUACGAUGGCUCUGGAGUAUACUUACAGCCGUACUGCCUCCUCUGCCGUCCUAGCCUUGGUUGCACACGUGUUGUUUAACAGAUAUGAGCCAACAAGCCUGCCCGCGUUGACUGUUAUCCUGCUGCUUGUACCUGCUUUGCCCAUCGUUCUCUCGCCUCUUACCUCAGGCUACCUGGGCAUUCAACUAUUCCUAUCCUGCCUGACAUAUUACUCCGUUCUGCUCCUCUCCAUUGCUACAUAUCGCCUAUCAUCCUUCUACGCACUGCACAAGUACCCAGGACCAAUUCCAUGCAAGCUCUCGAAGCUGUGGCUAGUCUACGUGACAUACAAAGGCAAGCAGCAUGAAUAUUUUCAAAAACUUCACGACCAAUACGGUUCCAUCGUCCCUGUCGGGCCGAAUGAACUGUCAAUCUUGGAUGUGGGUUUAUUACCUCAUAUUAUGGGAACGAACGGAAUGCCCAAGGGCCCUGUGUGGGAUGGGAGACGUGCCUUAGGGAAGAAUGGAGCGACUUCCAGUGACAAAGGAGGCUUGCUCGGCGUACGCAACAUGCAGGCACACGCUGAAGUCCGCACCGUUUGGAAUCGUGCAUUCACGACUAGCGCAGUCAAGCGUUACGAGCCUAUCAUUAUCCGUCGAGCAUCCCAGCUCAUUGAGGAAUUAAAGAAGCGAUGCGUGGCAGCCGCAUGGGAGGGCAAGAACCCAGAAUUUGACAUCACGAAGUGGGUCGGGUAUUUCUCCUUCGAUUUCAUGGGAGACCUCGUCUUCGGAGGUGGGUUUGAGAUGCUACAAGAUGGCGAUAAGAGCGGAGUGAUGCACACCAUAGAGUCCAACCUCUGCCUUCCAUCCCUAACGCAACACAUCCCUUGGUGUCUGGAUAUCAUCUAUGCACUACCUCUAUUCAAUCAAGGACCCGAUGAUCUUGUUGAAUUUACCUAUAAGCAAGUCAUGAGGCGGAUGAAGGAGGGAGCGGUACAUGAUGAUCUGUUUUAUCACAUCAGCGAUGAAGCCAAAUUGGAGAAGGAGCCUCCUAGCUUCCCGGUGAUCAUGGAUAGUACACUCGUCGCCAUCAUUGCGGGUUCGGACACAGUAGCAACAACUCUUAGCAACACUUUCUAUUUCCUCUGUUCCAAUCCAUCUAGCUACUCUCGCUUACGAGCCGAACUCGACGAAGCGUUCCCUCCUGGAAAGGGCGAGCCCACCAACACGAUAAAGCUCGCACAGCUGGGGUACCUCAAUGCAGUUAUCAAUGAAGCACUGCGGCUCUUUCCUCCUGUGCCGACGGCUCUUCAGCGAGCACCAACCAUAGGAAGUGGCGGCCACAUGCUUGGAACGAGCCUCUUCAUCCCAGAAGGCACGGCCGUCUACGUCCCGCCAUAUGCUUUGCACCGUGAUCCCCGGUACUUCUCCCCGGAUCCGAACAAGUUCUGGCCGGAACGCUGGUUGGUCACCGACGAUCCGAAUAUCAUCACAAACAAAAAUGCCUUCAUUCCAUUCUCCAUUGGGCCUUCUGGUUGCGUCGGGAAACCUGUGGCGCAAAUCGAGCUGCGCAUGAUACUGGCCUUCAUGCUGCAAGCUUUCGACAUACGUUUCGCGGAAAGCUACGACAAGGCUCAAUGGACGCAUGACAUGCAGGACUUCUUUAUCGUGUUGAAAGGGCCCCUUCCUGUUGUGCUUACACCGCGUACGUCGUAGUGGACACUGUUCUUCGGAUACUACUUUCGCCGUACGGGCUCAUCUUGGAUCAAUGUGCAUAGUGUGUUCGAAACUCUGUAUCUUCUCCAAAGCAGCCUUCCGCCGCAUACGACCUCACUGCGCACAGUGUGC